AGAAUGAAAGGGGAAGUGCCACUUUAACACAAGUACAGCUAAGGAUGACUUAAUCCUGUCUUAUUCAUAGCUUUACAAGUACAAGGUCCAGAGGCGGUGGUGGUGGUAUGAAGGGAGAAUGAGGCCUUAUGAUGCUUUACCCAACCUGAUGCCCUCCAGAUCUCGAGUUCUUCGACUUCGGCAAACAUCAUUGGCGUGUUCGCGAGUAUGAGGACCAGAGAUUAAUUGGAAUUAGUGACUGCUUUCGGGCACGGACGACGUGAAUCAUUCGCAUUUAUUUAUUUAUUUAUUUGCCCGUCGAAACGAAGGUUGGUGGGACGAGGGUGAUGGAGCUUACCUCGUGAACUUUCCUACCAGCCCGGCGCUAGACGAGGACCAAAAGAAGGGAGGAAAAAGAAGAAUCUCGCCCCAGAGGAUGCUGACUGAAACCAAGAUGUUAUACGAGAUUCAGCUGUGGUGCUGUCAAUGGGGGGGAAAAUCACAUUUAUUUUUUCUGUUCAUACUCAGCCUUCUGUGCAUACAGAUUUCAGCUCAAGAGUGCUCAGAGUGUCGUAUGGUGCUGUCCAAUCCCACAGGAAUUUUUACCUCUCCUUGCUUCCCUAAUAAUUAUCCCAACAAUCAAGCAUGCAAGUGGACCAUCAGGGCUCCUUCUGGAUACAUCAUUCAGACGACAUUUGUUGAUUUUGAUAUUGAAGAAGCUUCUGGUUGCAAAUACGAUCAUGUGUCUUUGGACACUGGAGACAAAAAAGAUUCCUAUUGUGGUAUGACUGCCAAAGGUUUAUCAUUUAACUCAUCUAGGAAUGAAAUGAUUGUAUCUUUUACAAGUGACUUUAGCAUUCAAAAAAAAGGCUUCAGUGCCACUUAUACUCGAAUUGCUGUAUCUUUGAAGAAUCAAAAGGUUGUCAUUCCGCAAUUUUUAGAUUCUGAGUCUGUGUCUUUGGCAAAUUCUAUCCAUGUCCCAGAACUUAAUCAGUUUACCCUAUGCUUUGAAGCAAGAGAAAACAACAGUAAUAACUAUGAAUGGAAGGCUUUCUCCUACGGUGAUUCAUCUGUGGAAUUCUUCAGUUUUGGCAAAACAGAAAAGGGGCACUUCAUUUUUAUCUCAGACUCACAGUGUUUUUUAAACGAUGCUCUUGACAUUGGUCCAGGUGACAACAUUUUCACAGAAACAUUUGAAGAGCUUUGCCUUGUGUGGGAUAGCUCAUCAGGCAUAGUAGGGAUAAAUAUUAAAGAGACAUAUAAAACAGUCCAUUGCUUAGAUACUUAUGGAAAAGUGAUUCCGGGUGAUGGAAAAUUGGUCCUGGGUUCUAACAGAGAAGACAUAAACCCUCUACCUGGAGAUAUGUACAACUUCCGGCUUUGGAAUUUUACAAUGAAUUCCCAAUCACUUUUCAAUCUCACCUGUGAUGACAAAGGUAACAUUAUUGACUGGGAAAAUGAUUUCUGGAGUAUUCCAACAACAUUUCUAAAAGCGGAGAACAACUUGAGUUGUGGUUCAUAUCUCGUCCUCUUGCCGACAGUUGAACCAACUAGCUGUGCCACUACAGGAAGCCUUUGCCGAGCUACUGUAAGUUCAACCACUCCAUCACCCACUGUUACCACUAACAUGCCUGAUACUAACAGAACCGAUAAAAUAAUGGAUGGUAGAUUAUACUACAGAAUUGACUUUACCGUAUACAGAAUUAAAGAAGAUGCAGAGCCAAACAUUCAGAAUGUAAUUAGAGAAUGGUUAAUUCAGACCAUGGGGACCUGGAAUUAUAAUGUAUGUGUGGUUGAUGUAAGUGUUGAACCAAGUUCAACAAAAAAUGCAGCAAGAGGAAAGAGAAGUGUUAAUCAAAG